AUUCCAAUCGCCAUGGCCUCGAAAUUUAAGGAGAGACAUAUAAGACGUGGUCAUUAUCACAACGUCGAACUUACUUGCAUGAGAUGGUGCGGGAGUGAGGUGAUGAACAACGCUGCCAUUGAGAACGAGCGGCGCACAGCCAAAACACUGAGCGUGAAGGGAUAGCCUCCUGAUGAAAGCACGUGCGACAGGUGUCUCCAACGCAGCUAUGCCCUGCGUCCAAACCCAGUAUGGAACCUUGCCUUAUGAAAACACCUACUUCAACUCUGAGUUUUUGAACCCAGACCUCACCGCUAAGUUGGUCAUGGACCUCAGCAGCCAAACCGAGCAGCUCUCUGCCUCCUCGCUCCCCAGUAUCAACACCUUGGUGGGAGACUUCACGGGGGAGUUUGACGCUUUCGCCUGCCAGAUCCCGGCGGCUGCCACCACCAGCUCAGCCCACGGUGGUGCGGAGGCCUCCAGCCCCCACGACCAGCAGUCCCCCCUCAAGCUGGACGACCUCCAGGUCUAUGGCUGCUAUCCAGGAACGUUUGCCCUCAGUUAUCUGGACGAGACUCUCUCCUCCUGCGGCUCCGACUACUACGGUAGCCCCCUGUCGGCCGCGGCCUCGCCGCCCACCCCCGGCUACCAGGCGCAGCCCGUGUCCGCCUGGGACUCGCCUUUCAACUCCUACUCGCCGGGCCCCGGAUGCUGGGUGUCCGACAAGCCGGGCCUGCCGCAGGCGCCCUCCUUUUUCACCUUCAACACGCACGUGGAACAGCCGUCCCCGCUGGACGCGGCACAGGCUUCCCUGGGCGACGACGACCCCUUCUCCCAGCCCCCUCCGCAGCACCAGCACCAGCACCAGCACGCCUCCCCGUCCCAGUCCUUCGGCCACCUGGCGCUGGAGCAGGGAUCCCUGGACAACUCGCUCCUGAUGGAGGGCUCCCUCGCCUCGCCCAAGACCAGGAGUCCCGCGUCCAGCGAGGGCCGGUGCGCCGUGUGCGGCGACAACGCCUCCUGCCAGCACUACGGCGUGCGGACGUGUGAGGGAUGCAAAGGUUUUUUCAAACGAACGGUACAAAAAAAUGCAAAAUAUGUGUGCCUAGCCAACAAAGACUGCCCAGUGGACAAGCGGCGGAGGAACCGAUGCCAGUUCUGCCGUUUCCAGAAGUGCUUGGCUGUUGGCAUGGUGAAGGAAGUGGUGCGCACAGACAGUCUUAAAGGUCGUCGGGGACGCUUACCCUCAAAGCCAAAGAAUGUUCCAGAUUCAAACACCUCAACCCCUCCUGUGAAUAUCAUUGCAUCGUUGGUCAGAGCGCACAUAGACUCCAACCCCGCCUUGAGCAAGCUGGAUUACUCAAAGUACAAGGAGACAGUGGAUGGACUAACAGAAAAAGAGGACGCCAAUGAUAUCCAGCAGUUCUAUGAUCUGCUGACAAGCACUAUGGAUGUGAUACGGAAAUGGGCAGAUACAGUCCCAGGGUUCACUGCAUUCUGCCCGGAAGACCAGGAGCUUCUGCUGGAGUCAGCAUUUGUGGAGCUGUUCAUCCUCCGUCUGGCAUACAGGUCAAGUCCCGAGAAAGACAAGCUGAUCUUCUGCAAUGGGAUGGUGUUACAUCGCUUGCAAUGCGUCCGUGGUUUUGGCGAUUGGAUCGACUCCAUCAUGGAGUUCUCCCAAAGCCUUCAUCGCAUGAACCUGGACGUGUCCUCCUUCUCCUGUCUGGCUGCUCUCGUCAUUAUCACAGAUCGCCAUGGUCUUAAAGAGCCUAAGCGCGUGGAGGAGUUUCAGAACCGCCUGAUUGCGUGCUUCAGAGAUCAUGUUUCUACCACCAAUGCGGACCCUAACCAAGCCCAGCCCAGUUCUCUGUCGCGCCUGUUAGGGAAGCUUCCGGAACUGCGGACUCUGUGCAUACAGGGUCUGCAGCGCAUCUUCUACCUGAAGCUGGAGGACUUGGUGCCCCCACCACCCAUAGUGGACAAAAUAUUCAUGGAUACCCUUCCUUUCUGAUUGCCUGACAGACAAUAGAACAAAAACAUUUCAAAGGGGGAAAGGGAGAAGGCAUGAAAGUUCUCUGUUUUUUUUACAAGAGAUAUUAUUAUAUAGUAUGUUCCCUAUGAUGGGAAAGGACUAAUGUUGGACUUGGUUGCCAAGAAAAGAAAGAAAAUCCCAAAAAGAAAGCAAACACAGCCAAAUAGGUCAUGGAGUAUUUUAGUGUCUUCUCCGGUUUAUUUCAGAACAUUGAAUGGACAGAUGGUCAGUUUGAUCAUGCCUCCUGUUCCAGAGACAAGAAGAAGUGUGAACUUAGACUUUUUCUUUUCUUUUCUUUUUUUUACAAAUGAGUUCAUUUUCCUCCACGCACUGUUCACCUCGAGUGAAUUGUCUGUUAUUCAUCCUUUUUUGUGUAGAGGAUGUCUAUUGUCAGAAGUCUAUUCGCAACAACAGAUAGUCGCAUCUAAGGGCAUUUCAAUUGCAUUGUUUGUCUGUUUUGUAUGAAUGUGUGUUUGUAAUUUUAGAGUGGCUUAAUUGCUAUGCAAAAUUUGCUAAUGUCUUUUAGUAUACUUUUUGUACAUUGGGUUUUGUGGAGGUUAUUGGGAUAGAAAGAAACCUCCUACAAAAAAAUGCUGUUUCUUACAAAAACAGAGGCUUACAACUUACUACCCGUGCAGGCAUUAUAAUUUCAAGACCAAAAUAAAGGCGGUCUCCUCAAUCACCACACAAACACAACAUUGCUCUCUUAUUUCACAGUGUGGUAUUGUAUGUUGCAUGACGCGUCACACAACAUCGAAGUUCUCGGACCAAAGGAGAGCUGGUCAUGUCGUGUGACUCUGUCGUGUAUAUUGUUCUCCUGACAUGCUGACGGAGUGCAGCACGCACCAAAGCGCCUUAGGCAGAGCCUCUGCUACCUAGCCAGCAUUAUCAAUUGAGAAUAAAGGGCACAGACUUCCCAUUUGGCAGCUACUGAGCCAUGAGUCAGAUGUUACUGCACUAAAACUGUGGUUUCAAUCAUAGACAAUCACAUUCUACUAUAUCAAUCUGGACAGAACACUUUUGGCAGCCCCCCUCAGUAAAGUGCCUUUAACAACACAACAUUGUUUUUUGGCUCAUUUUUUUUUUGGUAUUUCAUUGCAUUAUGUUGUGUUUAUGUUUGUCCUUACAUUUACACUUGUGUUUUAUUUUUAUUUUUAAAAUGCAGAGCAUUAUCCACCAGAACUGUUUAACAAAUGAACUCCUAGCGGAUAUACGGAAUAUGUGCAUGGUUCAGAAUCACUUGCCAUUUCCAACACAUUUCUUUAAGGCAGUGAUAUUAUUCCAUUCGACAGGUGCUCGACAUUGUAUUUUACUGCAGCUGUAUUAUGGUUUGGUUGGACUUCUGAAUUCCUUAGGGAGUCUCCACUGACUGGUUCUGAAAUACUGAUGAAGUGGUUUGUUCCAGCGAGGGAACAGGGUAGUGCCACACUCUCAUGUAUAUACAUGUAUACAUGCUCUGUUUGCCUUACAGUACUGUAUCUGCCUUGGUCAUGCGGAUAUACUGCGUCAUACUAUGGAUCUUGUUAAACUCUUGUUUCAAAGGCAAGGUUACUCAAAUGAUUUCACUGUAAAAUGUGAAGAUGUGAGCAGGUAUGAAUUUUUUCUUUUCUUUUUUUUUGCUAUUACACUCUGACUGUGUUCCUAGACUGACAAUUCCUGCUCCCUUUUCUAUGUGUUUGUCUGGUACGUUUGUAUACUUAUAAUAGAAAUACUUUAUAUUUGUGAGUUUUGUAAUGUGUUAUAUGCAGAUAUUAUAUUCUGAGUUUAGAGUAUUUAAUAUUAAAAUGAUGGAAAAGCAA